ACGGGGUAGCAGGUUUGUGUGAGAGGUGGAGUGAUGCGGAGCUGGAGAAGAUGGCGGACUUCUUGAAAGGACUGCCAGUCUAUAACGAAAGCAAUUUCAGCCGGUUUCACGCAGAUUCGGUUUGCAAAGCUUCGAAUAGAAGACCAUCUGUAUACCUCCCAACACGAGAAUACCCAUCGGAACAGAUCAUUGUGACAGAAAAAACCAAUAUUUUGCUUCGAUAUCUCCAUCAGCAGUGGGACAAAAAGAAUGCAGCAAAGAAACGAGAUCAAGAGCAAGUGGACAUUGAAGGCGAGAGCUCCGCACCGCCAAGGAAAAUCGCCCGCACAGACAGCCAGGAUAUGAUUGAAGACACCUAGUUCUCCGAACUGCAGAUGCAAGUGCUUCCCUUUUCAUCAUGUAAUGUCUUACCGUCUCUCCACCGUACAGUCCUUCAUUUGUAUAUCAUAGGAGCACCUUUAUUUAUUUACAUGUAAUUUAAGGCCUGGGGGAGGGGAAGUGAGGAGGCAGGUGGGGAUUUCAAGUACAACAAACAGAAGGCCUGCACAUGUCCAGUUGGUGUCAGUGAAAUGACUUAACUGCUCCAGGUUUUACUUGGGUCUGGGGCAAAGACUGGAUGAGUGUAAUGAGAAAUCCGUGGUGAAACAUUGUAAUAGUGUGAGCUUCCGGAAUGGUAAUAUUUUUGCAGUGCACAUUUCUCUAAUUGGUACUGACCCCAAUGUCUAAAUUAGCGUCUCCCUUGUCCAUCACCAGACAGUUUUAAGCCCCCAUUGGGUUCAAUGUGGCACAAUUUGCUACUGAGGUGCUUGUCUUGAUAUUUAGGCAGAAGCAGACAUGCCUGCUUCACUAGUUAUUGUUAAAACCCUCCUGAUCUCAUUAUAAUUGAGGAUCAUCCAGUAGCUGCUUCUUGUUUUAUGUUUUACAUGACUUCUGCCCCAUCUUCCUCUCAAUAGUUCUUGCUUAGAGCAUCAGAAUGCAAGAUAAUGAGAACUAUCUGGGCUGAUCUGCCCCAGACCACCCUCAGCUCUUUAGCAAACAUUGCAGGAGUUGCCUGGCAACCUAGGAGACCUUUGGCAAUUACAGCGUUGCUGGGUGUGCUGGGCCCUUGUCAUUCAUGGCCCUCGCAGAUUAAACAUUUGAUUUUGGGACUGUUAACGAGCCUCGUGGGACCUUCAGUUUUAUGCUUUAGUUUAAGAAAGGGAAGCCAUUUGUAUAGGUUUGUUUUUUUUAAAGAAUAAACGAUUUUGAAGUCCAAAGAGUUACUGUCAGGCAUGCUGGCAAAUCGCUGAUUCUAACUCUCUGCAUGCCGAGGAAUCGCUUCCAGGGAGCCUCAGUAGGAUAUCCCAGCCCUGAAAUGAAGUACUGGUGUUUAAUGCAUUUGUAUAACAUUGUGUUUCUUUCUCCCCCCGCCCCCCCCCCCCCCCACAAUUUUAACAUAGGCAUUGACUUUUUAAGUGCCAGACUGGAGAGAGCAGAAUGCAGCGUAGCUUAAGAAAAUGUUACGUUGUUCUUGUGUUGAUUUUACAUGUUACAACUUUUGUUCAGGGUGCAGUAUACUGUUUCUAAGCAAUUUUUUAACUACUGGCGGGGGGGGGGGGGGGGGGGGGGUGGUGGAAGAAAAACAAUCUUCCACGUGUGACAUCUUCACUGAAACUCAGCUUCAGAAACCAGUUUUUGCUUGAUCCGUAACCAAUUUUGCUGAACUGAAAUCUUAGCAAUAUCAGAGUGAAAGUUGGGGAAAACAUACCAACCUUAGGAAAGGAAGAGGUGCUACUGCUUUUCAUGUUGGUCUGAAUAUGUAUAACACACUGAGGCAAAAAUUGGAUAGACACUUAAAAUUAAACCUGAUGCACAGAGGUGCAAAGUUGUGUUAUGUCUCAUGCAUGGGCCGUUAUGAUGGAGAGUUAUUUUGCUUCCAGCUUGAGCAGGUUUUCCAGUAUUACUCUUUUCUCCACACUUCAUCUAUUCCUGCUCUCUUGCUAAGAUAUCAGGCUAUUCAGUUUCUUUAAGGAACGAGAGGAAUUUUGGGCUUGGCAAAACAUUGUGUCCUGUAUAGCAAUUACACAUUGUGUCAAUUUUUUUCUGUACAUUCACAACCACUUUUCUGCUUUACCCCCCCCCCCCCAAGCACCUCACACCAAAACAGAAUUACUACUUCAUUUCCUUUGCAAGCAGUGCUCCUUGCUGUGACAAUCUUUCUGAUCCUUGCUAUUCUUUGUUGAUUAGCAGCAAAGGGAAUUGUUUAGUUGAGUUGUUUCAGUCUUUCAUACCUAUUCAAAUUUUGCCAAAAUGCCUCGCUUUCAAUCAAGUUCUGCUCUGCAGUUCUGGGUUAAUAUGUGUUACUACAUUUGCCUUGAGACUGCUGCUCUCUGAAGUUCUAUUGUCAUGUGACUGAGGAAAAAUUAUCACUUGCCCUUUUAUUAUCAACCAAGUUAAGCCUCCAAUCCAAGUGACUAAUUACAUGGAAACUUGAGGGCAAAGUGUUUUUUAAUCAGGAGCUGUUGUGUGUCAUCCAGCACUUUCAUUUUCCAUACUCCUGCGAUAGUCUCGUUACUCUGCGUGAUCUUUUCUAAGGAACUAUGAAGUUUUGUUUAGUGGCGAAUGUGAGUGAGGGUGAUGUUUAAUUAAGAACUGCUUUCAGAGCCUUCAGCCUGAAGGUAGAUUGGUGCUUCUGCAUUCCCAGGGUCAACAUUGCUUUCACUGAGGAGGGUGAGUGAUGGGCCUUAGUUUUAGACCAAAGGACACAGUGAAAUGAAGUGCUUGGUGCUUCAGGGCCAUUAGACCCCAUCACUAGGUGUGUUUGACCUUGAUUUGGAGCUAGCAGGUGUGCCCCAUUAGCAGAUAAUGUUAUGCUGAGGCUUUGCUGAUAAAACUGUGCAAACCGUACACAAGCUGAGACUAUUUAUGUGGUUUUCCAACAGGUGUUAGUUGCUUUAAUCACAUUUCUUUCCUCCUUCCUCAUAUUUUCGAAAAGACCCUUCCUUAGAAUUUCAACAAAAACUUGCUGAUGAAGUUGCAAAGUUUUCUGUCUGAUGGAUGGUAAAACUUAUUCAGACAGAUGUCUUCGUACCACACAGUGAAUGAAACACAGUGUUGGUAAUACUUCAAUGUGGCAUUAUCUGGAUUUUGAUCCUUAUUUGCCAAAGACCUACUGAGGGUUGUCAAGUUAAACAUUGAAUUAAUUUUCCCACAUUUAAAUCUGUCUAAAAUCACUAUGUUAAUAAAAUCAAAGGUCAUGGUCUAGAGAGGGUUUCAUUGUCAGGAAAACAUGAUAGGUUUCAGAGAAACACAGGUCCUUUCUAAAGCUGUAAUAAGAACAGAGGAAGUACUAGAAAUACUAAGCUGGUCAUGCGGAAUCCACGAGGAGCAAAUUAAAUGUUUUGUGUUGAUUAUGUAAAACUUCAAUCUGAAUUAAUAACUGUUCCUUUGUCCUUCACUUUUGCCUGCUUGUGUUUUCAGCAGUUUCAUUUUUCUAUUUCCAAUCGGGAUUUGGCUUUCAUGAACAUAUUUUUGGAUGUGUUCUGUUCAUUUGAGUGGCAUGACUUCAAAUGUGGUUCAUACUGUUCAGCAUUUCUUAGCUCUCUGGAGAUGACCGCUUAGAUGCUUACACAUCUAUAGCACCAAAAAGUGGUCUUAAUUUCACUAAUUAACCAGCCUGGUGUAGGCCAUCCAAAAGAGAUGGGGAGGGUGGGGUGAAGAGGGUUGGGUACUGUAUCUAGUUUAGUGAAGUGGGGGUAGUGGGAUUCCACCCCUAGAAUUUAAAACAGUAAGCUGCAGUUUGCAUUUUCAUUUAAAGCACUGAAUACAAACAAAAACAGAAGCAGUUUUCUUCCCUUCUAGCAGGUUACUUGCUGAAGAUUGUAAUCUCAGCAUUGGCAGCGUUGAGAAGCCAAGCACGUAAUUUCUACAGUGUGUCUCCUUUCCAUUCCAGAUUGGGCCAAUGCUCCUCACUCCUGAAAAUUAUACUAAGCACUCAGAAAUGAGAUAUCUGGAGUGUUAAGUGGGUUUCUGUCAUUCACUGAAGGGCAAUGAAUUGGUUGCAGAGUAUUCAAGUGUGUGCUGUUACUGAGGGGCUAUUCCAAUCCAUACUCUUAGAUCUCCUAGCUCCUUUGGGCAAGAUUACGGUAGAUCAUGCUUCCCUCAACCAGCUGGUGCUUUCAGGCACAAUGUGAAAUUAUUAUUGGUCAAGCAAGAUAAGGGUGUGAAGAGGAAGCCUGGAUUUCAGUGUGUCCUUUCUCUCUCUGCAGUGAAUUGCUUUCUGAACUUGGACGAAGUGCUUAUGAUGCUCCUGGUCUGAAAAUGUCGCACCAAUUGUGAGAGUGUUUGAUUUGACUGUGUUUUCUCGCACACAUCCACAUGCGUGCACACACAGACACACACACACCCCCCUACAAACAUGCGCGCACACACGCACCUACCUGCUGGCAUGAAAUCUUUAAUCAUGGACAGUGCUUUGGGGUAUUAUCUUUGGAUAUGCUUAUUAUUUCUAAAUUUUAAGCAUCAGCCCUCCUGUUCACUGGCACUGGAGUGAAUGGAACCUUGCUUUUUAUAAUUUGCUGUCUGGUGCAGUCCUCUGCCAGUACAAAAAUAUUCCUGUGGCCACAGGAGAUGGACAAUGAACCAACUCUUGUUCAAAUAUCAUUGCCCAUCGCUGUAUUAGCACAUUAUACAAAGUUGCUCUUCCCUGCUUGUUCCGUUGAUCACUUUUAAAUUUGCUCUGCAUGGACUAUGUGAGCUGCUACCAAUCAAUCACUAGCUUUUAUUGAAUUUUUUAAAUAAAUAAAAUGCCACAGAAGCCUUGUAAUAAAGGUGUUUGUAAGUGUGAAGGAUGUAAACAUUUUUUGUAUUACUGGGUCCAGACCAGUGUGAUUACCAAGCUCAUCAAAGCUGUUGAUGGAUUAUAGACUGAUGACUUAACAAGUCUGCGCAACAGCCUGCUAACAGGAAGGGAGAGCGUUCCCAGAUUUAUCUACAUUGAACUGAAUGGUUCUCUCUGACCUCCCACUUCCUUCCCCAUCAAAAGCUACAGACUCCUGUAAGAGGGUUUAGUUAAACAGCCAUUAGAUGUCACUCUGAGAUGCUGGGGAUUGUUUAGGUGGUGGCAAAGUGAUGAUGCAAGAUAGUAAUAAUACUAAUGUAAGAUUGAACCAACUGAUAGCCCGAUGAUUGAUACUGAAUGUGGCUGAGAAGGAUCUGAUUUGUGAGGCAGGAACUUUGAAAGGGUGUGGCUGCUAGGAGUCUAGAGAAGUGGUGGCGAGCAAUCUGGGUGGCAGGCCCUCAGUGCUGAGUGUUCAUUUUGUUAGCUUUAUUUCUGAUCACUAGUACUCGUGGUGUUCAUAUCAUUUGAUUUUUGCUGUAUAGUUCCAUUGAACUUGCAGACUUAUUUACCCUAUUGACAGUCAAUAGGGUCCCAGAACUACUUCACAAACUUUUUUUUUCUCCAGUCAUAACUAUUUUGUUUUGAUCUUUUUAUUUUCCCCAAAGUAUUAUAAAUUAUUUUUGUUCUGUGACUGUAGCCUAGACUCAGGCUACACUCUCACUUAAGUCAGAAUGUUGAGUGGUCAAGCCCCCUUAGUGUUUUGACCAGGAAUAUUUUGGCUUGAUGUUUCAGUACAGCACUGAGGGAGUGGUGCACUGCUAAGAGUGUUACCUUUCAAGUGGGAUAUUAAAUCAAGGAGGUUCUAAUGUGGGAAAAAGAAAGCCAAGUUUCUCCCUGGUGAAUUUUGCUAGACUUUUUAAUCCCUUGAACAUCAUCACUGAAUAAUAAUCUGUUUGCUGAGUGCAGGUUACCAGUUGCAUUUCCUACAUUACAUCAGUGACUACACUUCAAAAUGUACUUCUUUGGUUCUGAAGUACUGUGGCAGUGUAAGGUGCUAUAGAAAUGCAGUUAUUUUCACUGAUCAAUACCUUUUCUUGCUUUGAACAAAUGGGAAAGCCUUUAUUAGAUAUUAGAGUAGGAAAAUUUUGGAAUGAGUGUGGGGAUGGGUGGGUUUUCCUUGGAAAAUGUCAAGAUAUAGACUGAGGUCAUUUGCUGGGAAGUAGAAAUGUUUGAAGACUACAGCACUUGUGUAGUGGGAACCUUCCUUAAGCUCAGUUUACUACAAAGAGAAGCUGGGCCCGUAAGUUCAGUUAUUUAUUGCUUUAGGAAAACCUGGAGGGGUUUCCAGGAAACAACAUGUAACAGCUCAACUGUGUAGAAGAAAUGUGAAGAUCAGUCAACCUCUGAUCACCACCUUUAUCCCUCCCUUUAAGUUGGCUACUGCUUGUGGUGGUGGUUUCUUUGACUGUGGGGAAUUGCAAACAAAGCUGGAAUUCUGUUUUCAUCAUAUGCAUGCAUUUCCCAGCAGGGGUGACUGGUAUUGAACAGGGGCAGUAAACACAGAUUUCCUGAUUUUUUUUUUAAACAUGUAUAUAAGUGCCCCUAUCUCCCUUCCUUUGCUCCCACUUCAAUUUCUUUGCUUUAAGCUGGAGUACAUUAUUUCUACACAGCCUUGGUCCUGUUCUAAUAUGUGUGGCUCAGGAGCACACAAUGAUGUGGGACACAAUGGUAAAGAGGGAAGUGAAGAUUCCUCCUAAUUCCCCUUUUAAAAGAUGUAGUGAAUUGGAAAAGAUGUGAGCUGGUGAGAUCACCGUCAGUAAUUACCUUGAUCUGGUCUAUUGCUGCUCUCAAUUUGUACAAAUUUUUUUGAGCUCUCUAUUGUGAAUUUAGCAAACAAAAGCUAAUGUACCUUCUAGAUGCAAAUUAAAAUAUUUUGACAAAUACCA